GUCCUCUUUCGCUCCCCAAAGGGAGGGGAAGCACCACACACUCCCAAGGACCAGGCUUUCAGCAUAUUCUUAAGGCACAUAUCUUGAGGAAUGACAAAAGGGAAGAAGGAAAUCUCGAUGACGGUCCAAUUAUCCACCGUUCAGGCCCUCUGGCUGCUGUUCCACUUUUUUUGUUCAUUCAGCUCACAUGCUCUGAAGUCAGGAGACAAGGCUCAUCUCUGAGCCCAGCCUGGGGACUCCUCCUAUGAAAGGUGUCCCUGGUUCUUCUUCUUCAUCCUUUUGGACACCUCUGCAGCCUGAGCUAAUUCUGAGACUCUUCCUGGUGAUAUAGAGACAUUCUCAGAUGGGAGAAAACUAAGGGAAUUUAGGACCUGCCCACCUGGACAUCCCUAGUACUUCCAGCUUUCUGCAUGUAUGGGCAAUGUGGCUCCAGAACUCAAGGGCAGCCUAGAUACUGAUGAAGAGCUGCAGGUGCUGGCUGUUGAAGGAGUGGAGACGGCCAAAAUCAGAAAGUGCCAGACAGUAUUGACAAGAAGAUGAAAAGGACUACAAAGAUAUAGUAAAGGGAAAAUUUGGAUUAGUGAAUCUACUAAAUAAGAUGAGAUACAUCAAGGGACAUGGGACUAGGAGGCAGGAGAAUGUCAGGAAUGACCCAGCACGUGCCUGGUUGUGCAAGAGCCACCUCCUGCUCUUUCCAGAGCCAAGCCUGGGCCCUAUAAAAGACACAUCCAGCUUCAGCACUUCAUCUGCUCUGACUCCCCAGGGACAUAUCUGUGCUCCUGCGUGUGACCAGGGUUGACUAAACUCCUGCCAGCAUGUCUUGCCAGCAAAACCAGCAGCAGUGCCAGCCCCCUCCCAAGUGUCCUCCCAAGUGUACCCCAAAAUGUCCACCUAAGUGUCUCCCCAAAUGUCCACCCCAGUGCCCAGCUCCAUGUUCCCCUGCAGUCUCUUCUUGCUGUGGUCCCAUCUCUGGGGGCUGCUGUGGUCCCAGCUCCGGGGGCUGCUGCAGCUCUGGGGCUGGUGGCUGUUGCCUGAGCCACCACAGGCCCCGUCUCUUCCACCGGCGCCGGCACCAGAGCCCCGAUUGCUGUGAGAGUGAACCUUCCGGGGGCUCUGGCUGCUGCCACAGCUCUGGGGGCUGCUGCUGACCUGGGCUACAGAAGAGCUCUUGGUACUGAAUGGCCAAGAACCUGCUACAGCCUGAUGGAUACUCUUUCCACUUCCUCUCAUUCCAAUCAUUGGUCAGCAGAGACCACAAAGACUCAUGGGGCUUCCCUGGAAGAACUUCGUGCUUGAUGUAACACCCCAAUUGCAAGUCUUCUUUUCCUCCUUUACCUCAUGUUAUAAUAAAGCUCUGAUUUCUGACUCA